CGACUGUGGGUUUCAGGGAAGAGAAGAUGGCUGCCUCAAGCGCGCCAAAACGGCAAAAUGAGAAUUCUGAGACUCCUGCCGCGAAGAAGAUUAAACUGGCAGAAGAAGUUCUUGAUGAUAACAGUAGCCUUCAAUCCUUUGGUGGUUUUAAGGUGGUGAAAGUCCUAAACGAAAAUGCACAAACGAAAUCCAUAGUUAUUCACGGUGAGCUACAAAAAGUCUUCAUGAUUAUUUUUUAAUGAGGUUAAAAAUGGAUUAAUAUUACUUAUCUUUUUUAAGCUUAGCUUAAGCUUAUUUCUAUACUGCUAAACCUCAGAAUACGCGCCACUUUUUUUGCAUCGGUCUCGCUGAACGUCUAAAUUUACGGAGAGUAUCUAGUGUGGGUAACCGGUCGUUUCGUACCCAAGUAAAUUUGUACCCAGUUGAUUCCUCUAUUAAGCUCUCCUGGGAGCUCAUUUAUUUCAAGCUCAUUUGAGGGGGGUGGGGGGGGGCUUAAUAGCAAUGGGGGGCUUAUUUAAUUUAGAAAAGACGAUGGUAUCAGUUCUCCAUAAAGAACUAAAAUUUAAAGUGGAAAAACUCAUGUACAAGAACUGUUAGGUUGUGCAGCCGAGGAUCAGAAUCAAAUCCGAUCUUCCAGUUGGUAAGUAAACCAUCCCGGAACAGUCUACACGAAGUUUUACAGUCGUGGUUGAUUAAUACAGUCUAUCAUUUAUUAGUGAAGAAUAAAUAGGGGAGGGGAGGGGGGAGCUUAAUAGAGAGAGGGAGAGGCUUAUUUGAGAGAGGGGGCUUAAUAGUGGAUUCACAGGUUGCCUUGUUCCUUAAAAGCGUUUCUAUAAGAUGAAGUUUCAUUUUUAUUACGAUUGAGGUGGGGUUCAGAAUAAAAAUUGAGCGUCCCAAGUGGCUGGGUAUUCUGAAGCCGAGGCGCUCUCUAGAUUUCUUACCUUGGCGAAAUUUCCACUCAGCCUCUGCCUCUCAGAGAAAUGGGCAGCAAUGAAAAGAGGGCUUCAGGGCACUUUCCCAGGGUUCGCAAAUACACCAAAAUAGUUCAGAUGACUCCUGAGGUUAUGGAGGGAGUCAUUUUGACUCCAGAAAUUUUCGGUAGCAAACAGGGAGCCACUUCGACUCCAGAAAUUUACGGUAACAAACACAGUUUUGUCCUUACCUUUUUCGCAACAAAUACAAUUUACAUUAAUUGUAAACGUUGUAAACCUUAAUUAAAUCAUCAAAAAUAAAGAAUUAUACUUCACGACAAAACAAGAAAAGGGUAAAUUACGAUCAAAGUUUACUUGAUGACUGCCAUCAUGGAUUUGAGCUUUCCAGGUCAGUGAACCGCCACAGCUACUUUGUGUAUCCCUCAUGAUAGUGUAUACAUGCCGGGACCACGUGCUGGAAAGUCUGAAAAUGGCUUUUUUUGUUGUGAUACUUAACUCCAAAUAAUGACUCCAAAAUGACUCCAACAUUUGUGAAGCAGAAGACACACUAACUCCACUCAUCAAUAAAAUUUGUUAACCCUGUUUCCUAUAUGGGAGUGCAUACCCUCUUUCCUAGAAUGUAGGGCUGGUGUUAGACUGUAAAGGAUAGGAAGGGUUGAGUUACCGAGGGUAAAAUUACAGUAAAUCUAUAAAGAAAAUCCAGGGAAAAUAGAUUUUGGUUUGAGUUAAUGCGAGGUUCAAGUUACUGAGUGUGCGAGUUAUCAUGGGUCAACUGUAGUUGUGUUAUGUGGUGAGCUUGGACUGAGUAAUACUCUAGAGGUCCAGUUACAUGUAGAACUGGAACUCAUUAGGACUUUUACCGAAAGUGCUCUCAAAUUUGUUCUUCCAUUUGUGUUUUUUUGUAAUUUACUUUUCUCUUUAAGUAUGACUCCAGUUUUGAGUUUUCAAAGGCCCAGAUUUGAACAUACAGUUUACUGAACAAAUUAGAAUGGAUGGUUCCAAAAGUGAUCAACAUCAACAUUCUCCCAUGAAAAACAAUAUCAAUGCAGAGUUAAAAGAACAGGUGAUGGGAAUAAAUUAAAUUACACCUAAAGGAAAGUGCUUUGAUCUUAAAACAAAUUCUCUCAACUUAGUUCAUUAAGAAAGUGUAUGGAUAUCAGUCGAGAGAAUUUGUAUGUGGAUAUUGGGCAGGAGUCACUUACGGCCUAAUUAAGGGGGUUAAUGGUAAGAAGCCAAGGUAAAGAAUGUAUUAUUAUCCUAUUUUCUUCACAGGAAAAUUUGACAAUUCCGAUAAUGAUGCUGUUGUUUUAUUGGAGAAAACUCCUUUUUCUGAGACCACCUUGCCUCAAAUGUUGUCAAGAGAAACCAGUUUAGCUAGGGAGUUCAACAAUGACAUUUAUAGCCAGUAUUUAUGUCAUCCGCCACCAAGUUUAAACACCUUGAAAAGCACAGUCAUCUACCCAGCCACUGCUAAACACUUGGAAAAGUAUUCUGCACAAGAUGUGCAUUUUAUUUAUGAAACACCAUCUGAUUAUGAAACAAUAACUCUACCAUUUAUUGAAGAGCAAUCUUUCAGUAUUCAGGUAUGUCUAGAAGCAACUAGCCUGUGGAUCAUGUGUGGAUUGUGAGUUCAGUACAAAAUGUAUUAAGUUGUAAACAGUUAUUUAAAUGAACUUCAGUGGUCAGAUUUUUGCGAAAAACAAUCAAAGAAACAAACAAACAAACAAAUGACCCUUUAAGGAAAUAAAAGUUAAUAAUUAAACUAUCAUUUUCCUGAAGUGCUAAGGCCAGACCCUCAUACAUGUAAAAGCUUCCUUUUUUGGUGCCCAUACUAUGGGAAAAUAAAACUCAAAUCCAUUCUUCUUGCUUAAUACUUCACAUAUUGGUCAUGUAGACUGUGGGUGGUUGGCCUUUUUCCCUCAGUGCCUCGUGUGGCAAAUGAAAAAGUAAAUGCUUUAAAUAUGAUCACAGAAAAAAAAAUUGUUUUACCCUCCUCAAGCCUACAUGUAUCUCGAACUUUCUAAUAAAAUCAGUCAGGUAUAGUGUGGCUAAACUAUGAAAUGGCCUGCCCAAUGAGAUCAGGGCAAAGCAAAGCUUAGCUGCCUUCAAGGAGGGGCUUAAAAAGUGAUAACCCAGAUGUAAAUAUUGCAAAUAGAAAUGUAAAGAUUGAAAUAUUGUAAAUAGAAAACUGUAGAUAAAAACCUGUAAAUAGUUAAAUGUAAAUAAUUUUGUGCAAAGUCAACCUGGUGAAUGUUUUUAGUCUCUUUUCCUUAUUUACUAUCUAUUCAGUUUGAGUUAUAUUAUACACGACCACAUCAACUAUGCUGUAAAAUUAUCGUGUUUAAAUAAAAGAUGUUGUUGUUGUUAUUGUGCCCUCAAAUGACUUUGACUCAAAAGAAAAAUAAGAGACUGAUGACAGUCUAUUGGCUGGGUGUCCUUUAUGUGCAAAAUUAACUGCUUUUUUCUAAGUCUCUUUUCUUUGUCUUUUUUUACAGUGGGUAUACAACAUUCUGGAAAAGAAAGCUGAGGCAGAACGUGUUGUGUUUGAGGACCCAGAUCCUGUUACUGGAUUUGUUUUGUUGCCAGAUUUGAAAUGGGAUCAAAAGCAGUUGGAAAACCUGUAUCUAGUGGCUAUUUGCCAUGCACAUGGGAUCAAAUCACUUAGAGAUCUCAACAAAUCACACCUUCCUUUAUUAAAGAAUAUCCUGUUGAAAGGACAGGUAAAAUUUUUUCUCUUUCUCUUCAGUACUGUAUUAUGGAAACGAUGUACAUCUUUCCAUUAGCAUGACAUGGUGGUGGGCCCCCACCCCCAGCCCAUCUGUCAGGAUCGGCCAGGGGAGGUAGUGGUAUACCAGUAUACCCGAAAAAAAUUCGCCAAAAUACCCAAAAAUACCCAAAAUUCAUCCAAAUAUACCCAAAAUUAUACCCAGGUAUACUUUAUACCUGAAAUUCAAAGAAAGUGAUGUACCGAAUACCCGUAUUUAAGCUGCAAUAUACCGUAUACCCGAUUUAAAAAGCCCCUGUAUACCGUAUACCCAAAAACCCUGGCCGACCCUGAUCUAUAAAUGUGGUGCUAUUGUGGGUUGUCCCUUUUGCAAACAAUACCAAUUUAAGCACUGAAGCUCACAUACCAACUCCACAAUAUGGCCAGUACCUUACGCAUGCACACAAGCAUAUCACCCCACUAAUGGACAGCUGCUUCGUCCUCAUUAGGAAUCAUGAGCAUGGUAUAGCCCCAGGCAAGAGGUUUCAUUUGCGAUCAUUCACCCCGCGAGUUACUACCGAGGCGAGUGCAAAUAUGCAGUGCUAAUGUUGAUAUUGUCUCUUUUGCUCCAGAAGGUUGUUUUCAACUAUCUCUAUUUUUAAUGUAAGCUGAUGUCACCUGUUGAUAUUAAUGUGCCAACCAGAAGCGCAUUGGUUCCUAAAACAAAAGAUUCUUUUGUCUCACUCUUGACAAAUUUAAAAUAUAACAAAAACAACGUUUUUAUGCAGUUAGUGAUGUCUCCUAUAAGCGCCGCCUCUGAAAAGGUGUGCACCGUGAUUUCCAAAAUUCAUUAACCCUUUAAGCCCUGAUAUCCACAUACAAAUUCUCCAAACUGAUCUCUACCCAUUUCCUUCAAGAAUAAGUUGAGAGAAUUUGAUAAAAGAUCAAGGCAUUUUCCCCUUAGGUGAUCAUUUUAUUAGUUCUCAUAACCUAGUCUCUUGACAUUGUAUGGAUAUCGUUAGGAGAAAAUUAACGUCAGUCACUAUUGGGACUUAAAGGUUAAGUACUGAGGCGGUUAUUUAAGUAAAUACGAUGAUUAAAAUUCUACUAUAAUCUUACCUCCCAGUUCAUUCUAUUAGGAGAUGCGUAACCUGAGAUCAGGCGUCUUUUUUUUUUUUUUUUUUUUUUUUGCUUCUUUGGCUCGAGAGGGAAAAAAAAUAACGCCUGAUACAUUUAUUUAACAAGCAGUCAACCGCCCCCUAAUUUACAUGAUUUACCGUUUGCUUGACCUGUCAUGUUUUUAGCCAAUAAGCGUUUACCAAACGGGAAUCAAAUUUUGGCGCGAAUAAUGUCUCUUUUGAAAUCAUGAUCAGUUUUAGGGGAAAAAAAAAUUUUUAAGUACGUCCGUGUUCAGAUGGCGCUUCAAAAAAAUAUAAAAAAAUUAAUGUGUUGUUUUUGUGAUGAAAUACUCUGGAGCUGUCGUACCUUUGUGAAUAGCUACAAAUAAUAAAGAAUUUACUGGUUAAAGCUCGUUGACUUUGUUCUGUACUACGAAAGCAGUGGAAAAAAAUUAGGCUGAAGCACCAUAUUUCACGAACUGAAAGGUGUUGUGAAAGCGAAGAUCGCUCAGAAUAAUUCGCAGCAUGAUUUCUGAAGGAGGAAAUACAGUCAAACCAGGUCAAGAUUCCAUUCAUGAAUUGAUUAUUUGAAAAGUGAACCCGUUUGUCGCUUCUGUAACUUGUUGCCGGUAUCAAAUUGCAUUCAAAUGAUCGGUGAAGUUUUAACGGCAACUGUUUUGGUAUACGAUGAGCUGGUCAAUAUUUCAAUGGAUGAAACUUCUAUUUAGGCAUUCUUCAAAUUCAAGAAAACUGAGCGGGCAGAAAUUUCAUUUAUAACGAACUCGCGUGUGUAUUCACUGCUUAUUACGCAAGCAAAAAUGCAGACUGAAAUCAACAACAACUAACGGAUGGCGUCAUUUUGGCCAAUCGGAACAGCUCAAAUCAUCCGCAUUGUUUCCUAUCCAAUCAGAAAAAAGUCCAGAUUCUGGCAUUUUUACAUGUGAUCCGACAAAGAAAUGUAUCAUGCCCUCUUCCCGUGAGAGACAUAAAGGGAUAAUAGGGAGAGGGCAUGACCUCAGGCUAGGAGAUGCGAGUAAUAAGGAUUCCAAUAAAUGUUCAUAAAAGUGGUUGAACGGUGUGGGUGAAAAACUGACCAUGCUAAAGCUCAAGACAGGUUAGCGUACGGCGGGAAUCAUAGAAAGAUGAGAGGCGCCUGUAUGGUAUCUAGUCAUCUCGCCACCAAGAAUAGAACUUGGUUUAGCAUUGUCUUAAACCCUCAUGAACGGAUUUUUUUUAACCUUUACUUUAUUUUCAUAUUUUAAAGAAAUGACUAGUGUUUGUGAAACGUUUCUGCCAGUUUUUUAAUCUCUCAAAUGUCAAAGCUUACAUUCACAGCACCUAUACAUGUAUUAUUAGGUAUUAUUAGUGUUUGCAUUAUCAAGAGCAUGAUACGUUCGACGUUCGUAUUUGGGUCGACUUCAAAUUCGAAUAAGCUUGACGAAAAAGUAAAAAUUGUAGUUAAGUAAUCCUAGGUAUGAAACUGUGUCAAUUCUUUCAGAGUUAUUCGUUGGUGCCGAGUCGAGUUCUCGUUGGCGAUUUUGUUGGUGGCGAGAUUAUCGUUAACCUCGAGGUCAAGUCUGUGUACAGACGCCCCCUCUCCGAAAAAAAUAAUGGGACAGGGGUGUCUAUACACAGGGUAAUCGAGGUCUGGGCUAACAAAAUACGGUCACUUCCAUGAACAUGUCCUCUUAAGCCUCGACCUUGUUUCCUUGGUUUUGCGUUCAGGAGGGCAAUGCACGAAUUUCUCUUUUCUAUCACCCAUGCGAGUUCACUUUAUUUCUAAGUUUGUCUCAUUUUGAUCCAUUUUUUGUCAUUUAUGUAUUUAGUUAUUUAUUUUCUUUCAGGAAGCAAUAAAGGACAAGUACGGUGUUGCCUCAGAUCAUCUGCGGAUUUACGUGCAUUACCAGCCUUCGUAUUAUCACUUUCAUGUACAUUUUACACACCUGAGAUACGACGCUCCUGGAUGCGGAACGGGCAGAGCGCAUCUUUUACAAGAUGUUAUUGACAACAUCGAGAACAUUGAUUCGGAUUAUUACUCUAAGAAAACACUGGCGUCUGUUUAUAAAGCAAACGAUAAACUUUACAAAAGGUUUCAGUCUGUUAAAGGUGUUCAAGGUGAAGACGGUGGAAGAGAUGUUAAGAGCGAAAAUGUUGUAUAAAAAGUUAGUGUUGAUUCGUAAUUGUUAAUAUUUUUAUUAAAAUAGAAAGUAACGCAAAUAGGUACCUGCGUUUUCCGUUUGGUUAUUAACGCCUUUCAUGCAGGCCACGUAAAGAAAAGGUAUCUCAACCUUUCAAAGGCGGAGAGAUAGUUGAAUAUAGUACGAAAGAGAAGAUUUCUCGAUAUGUUGAUUUUAGUUCUCAAGUCCUUUCACACACACCUGCCUACAUAUCGGCGUUAUUUACACCAAGAACCAACAUUAAUGGGCUUAGAGGUAUAAACAAGUUGCAGUUACCACGUGUGAAUACUACAUCUUACGGGAAAGACUCCUUCAAAUGUCUUGCGCCCAAAUUAUGGAAUAUGUUAAACGAUGACCUUAGAACUACCCCUAACAUAACCUAUUUUAGAAACAACUGCCUUGACUUUGUAACUAGCUAGAUUAAUUUCUCUUAAUCUCUACUUGAUUGUAUUCAACAAAUAAUUUUACAAGCAUAUAUAUAUUUUUAAAAUUGUUUCCUUUCUUUUUUAAUUGUACAUAUAUUUUUACUGUAUUUAUUUCUCGGAGAUAUUAGCGUUUAUGCGCUACUCUUUUAGGCGCUACUCUUCAAUCCGAGUUGAAAUAAAGUUUACUACUACUACU